AUGAAAAGCGGGGCAUUGUUUACGACAAUGGUCUGCUUGGCUUACGUAACUGCGGGUCAAACAGCGACCAAUCAGGACAGCGGAGAGGUCCAAUGCACUCGAAGUAGCGACUGUGGCGACGUGCCCGCAUUGGCCUGCAUUGCAAAUUGUGCAUGGAUGACCACCAUUUUUGCCAUUUAUUGCAGCAAGUGCGAGUACUGCCGUCGAGAUGCUGACGACUGCAGUACCGAUGGCUCCAAGCGCUGUCUCGUAAUUGAGACUUUGGACCAAGCGACGGGCGAAAUGAAGACUCAGCUGGCCCAAAACUCGAUCGGAGAGACUGUUGAAGUGGCUUACUGCAUCGAGAAGAACCUGUUCGAUCCAUUCACGUGGAGAGAUGCGGUAGCAACAAUCAUCGCUUUUGUAAGCACUGCACUUGGCUCAGGCUGUGGAGUUGGCGGCGGAGGGCUCCUGGUGCCUUUUUACAUCUUUUUCUACGGACUGAGCCCCAAACACGCCAUCCCGCUGUCCAAGGCUACCAUCUUCGGCAACGCUGUGUCUGCUUAUAUCUUCAACUUCAACCGGAAGCAUCCGAUUAACGGGAAUCAGCCGCUCAUCAACUACCAAGUUGCGGGAGUCAUGGAGCCCACGACGCUGAUUGGCGCCAUCUUUGGUGUCAUGAUGAAUCAGAUGUUCCCGGCCUGGCUUAUCUUGGUGCUCCUCGUCUCGCUGCUUUCGUACAUCACGUAUAAGACUUUUCUCAAGGGGAACAAGAUUCACGAAAAAGAGACGAAAUAUCAGCUCGCACUUGUCAAGUCGGUGCUCGAGGGCGGUCCUGACGGUGGCGGCCGCGGUCGCCAAUGGUCAAUUUAUCGCCGCUUCAAUGUGGAGAUUGCUGCCCAGCGCUGGCUUGCAAAGACUCGCCGCAACAAGAAGCUGCGUCAAAUUCAGCUCGAAGACGACGAAGACUUCCGGUCUCUACCGCCACUACGAGAGCAAGGGCUAUCUAGUUCUACAUCCUUACUGGGGGGAGCAGGGAAGCGAGAUUUUGGCAGCUUCGUUUCGGACGACGACCAGAUUUCGAAGAGGCGCAAGGCCAUUGAGCGACACGAGAUGCGAACGUUUCCGCUCAAGUAUGUCAUGCCAUUGGUGCUAUCGUGGCUGGUGGUGCUGAUCCAAUCCAUGUUGCGCGGAGGACAUGGAGCUCCCAGCAUCAUCGGACUCACCUGCAACUCUGUAAGCUAUUGGCUGCUCACAUUCUUGCCGCUGUCAAUUUUGGUGGUGAUCACGCUCUGGGUGGGGUACCAGUUGCGUCUACUGAACCGUCGCAAGGUUCUCAGCGGGCAUCCGUUCAUCCCGGGCGACAUCCACUGGGUCAAGCGUCGCGUUCUUGUCUUCCCGAUGUUGUGCACCUUGGCAGGUGUAGCCGCUGGUCUGUUGGGUAUUGGAGGUGGUAUGGUGAAGGGCCCUAUCAUGCUCGAGAUGGGUAUCCUGCCCCCUGUACAGUCAGCUACUGCCAACUUCAUGAUCCUCUUCACCUCUUCGUCGACAACGAUACAGUUUGCCAUCAGUGGUCAGUUCCCGGGCGAGCGUCAGUACGACUACAUGGCUUGGUUUGCACUCAUGGGCUGUUUCGGUGGCUUAUGCGGCCAGAAGGUGGUAGCCUACCUGAUAAAGAAGUACAAGCGUGAAUCGAUCAUGGUCUACCUCCUGGCAGCGACAAUUGGUUUGUCGGCUGUCGCCAUGGGAGCCAUCGGCCUGAAGUCGACUAUGAGAGAUCUGGAAAUGGGCGCGCACCUUGGUUUCAAUGGAAUCUGUGACAAACAGUGA